CUCAACACUUGAAUCAAUAUAAGGGCAAUUAGUGCCCUCUGUUCAUUCAUACUUCUUAUUCUCGCAAAAUAUUACUCUCUCUCUCACACACACAUUGCUUACUUUCUCUGUUUACGCCAUGGAAGACGACGACAUUAUUGUUAUUGAUGCAGAACCAACUAGCCAUUCUCUUCCUCCGUCGACUUCCGCUACUGCUGUUGAUCUGUCUUUUCUUAGGGAAGACGACGAUGUUGAUUCAACUUUCUUGUCUCUCCCUCCACCAUUUUCACAAGACAGUGCUGGUAUUCAUGCUGAAUCAAUUAGCGAUUCUCUUCCUCCCCCGUCGUCCAAUUCCGGUGCUACUACUGUUGUUGAUCUCUCUUUCAUGUUGGAAGAAGAAGAUAUUGAUCCAUCUUUCUUGUCUCUCUCUCUACCUUUUUAUGAAAACCUUUCAAACCCCACUGUGUCUCCGUUCCAACAAGUUUCGAAGAACCCUUCAGAACCCACUCUGUCUCUGUUUCCAGAAUUUUCUGAAAACCUAUCUGCUUCGAAGAAUAUUGCAAACAGUACUCCUCCUCCGUCUUCAUCGGCAGUGCUCCAUUGGUAGUCAAGAUUCUUCUGUCUUGGGUAAUCCUUCCCACAAAAGAUGUUUGUUCCAGGAAUCAGGGGAAGAGAAAUUCUUUAAGAAAAUCAAGGUGACAAAAGACUCCUGGAUAACUAAGCCGUUGACAAAGAGCGAUGUGAAUGGAUGUUCAAGGCUUUUGCUACCUAGACAAGAAGUGAAGAACUACGUAUUGCCAUUCAUGGAUGAAGAACAACAAUAUACUAUUUGCAAUGAUUCAUGUGGAAUUGAUGUUACUGUAUUUGAUGUGGAUACACAGACAGAGCAUUCUUUGACCUUUAAGAAAUGGAAUGGUAACUUUUACCUCAUUAAAGCAUGGACGGCGGAGUUUGUAAAGAGAAGGAAUCUGGAAAAAGAUGAUGUGAUUUCAAUUCGUUAGGACAAAAACUAUUCCAGAUUUUGCUUUCGAGUUCACAUGAGGAAUGGAGUUUUUGCUGUAUGAUCAUCAAUGCUGCUUAAAGACUUCUAUUGUUUCGUUUUUGUUAAAUGAUUCGUUUAUUUUUAGCUACAAUAUAGUUGUUCAUAUACGAUGAUCCAGGCCAUUUCGAUGUUAAAUUGCAAAAUUCUUAUAAAAGUAGUGAUAUGAGAUUCAUGUUGUUCGAAUAGGUCGUUUUUGAGAUAGGGGCAAUGAGGAUAUAAAGUUGUGUGCAUUUGCGGAUUUUGAUUGAUGCUUGAAUGAUCUCUUCUUCUGUUGCAUUCACUAUUUAGAAUGUACUUUGUUAUGUAUUUUAGUGAUAAAGUUCUGAUUACGAAAUUAUUUUACAUUUAAUGUUAAAUAUUAUACUAUCAGUGUUACCUGGAAAUUUUAAAAAUUUCACGACGACGAAUACCUGGAAACUGUUAUGAAUGGGCCAGGACCAUUAUGGGUUAAGCAGCCCAACACCGAAUGUUGAGUAAAGAGUCUAGUUCCUCGCAUCUCUCGUUGAGCGUCUAAGCUUCUCAUCCCUAUUCUUAUCUCUAUCCUUUAUUUACAUGUAAUUUCAAUAUUUCAAUCUCCACUCAAGUGUUCAACGUAAUUUCACACACAGUAGUGAUCCCUGAUAUUCAUGAGCUGAAUACUAUUUUCCAUGAGGGUGCAAACUUUGUGACUACAGUAGCUAAAGUUUUUGAUACUGAGAGAUUAGAUGUUGGAGUCCUUACCGAUGCAACGAAAUGUGCUUUAAGCAGUCACAACCAGAGGAGGUCGAACUGUUUGAAGCACGCUCUUCCAGCAACCUUCCUGAGUCGAUCUCUAAUUUUGACACUGGACAAUCGAUGGAUGGAAUUUCUUCCAUCAUAGCAUAUCUACCAGGCACUCCUGAUCCCUGCACCUUCCAUGAAGAUGUUAUCUCUGCCGAAGCUAUAUUAAAAAUAUUUGUUGAUAUGUAACCAGUUGCUUUAAUCGCGGAUGCAUCAUUGCAACAUAAAA